ACGCGCAAGUUGACCUGGAAGUGGAUCUAUCUUUUUUUUUUUGGACGAGCGAAGCCGUGCUUUUUGAGUGAUUUCGCCCGUUGGAUUUGGCGUUUUUAAAAGUAGUAGUCAACAGGAAGACAUACUUUGUGUUAGAUUGUGGGAAAGUACUGCGAUGUUUUACCACAUUUCCUUGGAACAUGAGAUCUUGCUGCAUCCCCGUUAUUUUGGUCCAAAUUUAUUAAACACAGUGAAGCAGAAACUGUUUACUGAAGUUGAAGGCACCUGCACUGGAAAGUAUGGAUUUGUGAUUGCUGUUACCACCAUUGACAAUAUUGGUGCAGGAAUAAUCCAGCCUAGCCGGGGCCUUGUGCUUUACCCUGUCAAGUACAAGGCAAUUGUCUUCAGACCUUUCAAGGGGGAGGUGGUUGAUGCUGUGGUUACACAAGUAAAUAAGGUGGGCCUUUUCACAGAGAUUGGACCCAUGUCUUGCUUUAUCUCUAGACAUUCCAUUCCCUCAGAGAUGGAGUUUGAUCCAAAUUCCAAUCCACCAUGCUAUAAAACUGUCGAUGAGGACAUUGUAAUCCAACAAGAUGAUGAGAUACGAUUGAAGAUUGUGGGAACAAGAGUGGAUAAGAAUGAUAUUUUUGCAAUUGGAUCACUUAUGGAUGACUAUCUUGGUCUUGUCAGCUAAACCUCAGUUUCUGAAGCAAGAAAUAGAAAAAUCUGGAAGUGAUAUUUUCUUUAUGUCUGAGAAUGUUUGUUUUAGAAUAUUCUGGGCCUAUCUAUUGUAUGUUUAUAUUCUGAUGAAGUAAAGGUGCACUUUCUGUAAUAA